GCUUAAGUUUUGAAACUCUGAUAUUGGGAGCCGAAGAUGGUGAUUGUGGAAACUGGAAAGAGGCAAAGAGCUGGUUCUAAAUUCUAAUUCUAAGGGCGACCUCGACGGGCGAUCCGCAAAGGCAGGCCCAUAAGAAAUCAUUAUUAAGAAGCCCAGCCCGCUGUCUACCAAUUCAAGUCAAUUUAAGAUUUCGAGAAGUAUCUUGCUUUGGGCCGAACAGGUGAUCUUCUGGACAUCAGGCAAUGAUUAUAUCGGCCUAUUCGAUCCGCUUUGAUCCGAUACAAAUGUCAAUUCAGUAUAUAUUUCUUCUGUAUUUAUAAAAUUCAUGAGAUCAAGAAUCGAACCAUAUUAUAUACAGUUGGGUGUGAUCCGGUCCGGUCUAAGAGUCAUUUUGGUCUGAUGCGCCAUUGCAAAUCCCUACCUCUAAUUAGUCUUUGUGUUUGACAUCUAACGACUACAAACAUAUACAUGGGGAACGGCAUAAUGAUAUAAAAUCGCACAAAUUAUCUCAUAUUUGCGGUCGAAAUCUCAAGCCUUGUAAGUAUAAGUGGGACAAUGUUUGAUAAGUACGUUAUGAAAACAAACUUUUCUCGACUAGAUGUCUUCAUCGUUGAUCUCUAUCAGAAUAAUCACGUACUCAAAUUCAACCAAACUAGCUCGCGAGGCUUUCUCGUCUUUUUAUCGUACUGGUCCGGUGACACUAAACGGGAACAGCUGGCAUCCAUACACGGAGAAGACUUCGCUUCCAUCAUUUGUGUUGGGAUUCUUGAAGACCAAGGGAGCUAGCUAGCAUGGAGUUUGAAGGGUCAAAUAGAAGUCAAGGAAACCUUCAACACAACCCCAAAUGAAAAGACAAGACGCCAUGGGAACGCGGCAUGAACAAAAACUGAAGAGGUAGAAAAGGCACAAUGACGAUUGAUAAGUGUAAUAUAUGUGUGUUGCCAUUUGGAUGGUAAGGUUUUUGGAUCUUUGCGAAUUGGAAACGAAUAAAGAUGCCUCUAACUUUAUACACAGAUACAAAUUGGAAAGGGAACAGAUUUUGUGGGAGGGGGGCAAAAAAGACUCAUCGAGGUUAACUGUCUUCUAUUAAAAAAAAAAAAAAAAGAGGUUAACUGUCUUUUGCCCUUUUCAUAUGUUUCCUUGAACAUGUAACAACGUGAGACUUGGCCUCCUGAUCACGACCAAUACAGUUAAAAUCGCGCUUUAAAACGUAAAAGCUUACGUUUUUACCUUUUUAGGUCACCUAAACGCUUCUACAUAGAAUCGUGAUUUUCCUUUACAAAUGUAGUCAAAAUCUACGUUUUAAAACUUAAAAGCUUGCGAUUUUACGCUUAUAGGUCACCCAACCACUUCUAGGUAAAAUCGCGCUUUUGACUGCAUUGAUCACGACACCGACCACUAUAUAGGGUAUCGGAAAGGAAUAACUAUUGAUGUACUAUUAGAAACAUCAUUAAUUUAGAUAUCAACUAAAAUACUAGUACGUAUAUUUUAUACGUAACUUAAUAGUACCAUAUUUUACUGAUUACGUGGGGAAUAUAUAGAUCCUCGAAAUGUCAUACAUGGUCGAGAAAAUUACAAUGAGUCAAAUAGUCGCCCUUAAAAGAUUUACUUACAGGUGAACAUUCCGCACUCUCUCGCUGGAGAAAAUUACACUUGGUAGUGCAACGAUUCCUUUGCCACUUCCGAAAAUGGAGAAGAUCCCCUUGGUAUUUUUUUUUAUUUUUUUUUGCCUAGCUAGCUAUUGGCAUCGGCGUCACUUGAUUGCGGUGGUAGAAAGAAAAAUCAAAUACCAGCUUGCAGUUCUCUUUCUUCGUCAACGAGGAAGAAGUAAACUGACAAAAAAGAAGAAAAAAAAAAGUCAUUUAUAGCAUUUAAUAGGAAUACUUCAUGACUCACCGACUCACUCACGUCCAUAUAUAUCCAAAUCAAGUCGAGUGGAUCGUCGUAGCCAAGCAGUCCCACUAGUGUUUAUUACCAUUCCUGCCGCGUUAAAAUUAAAUAAUUAAUUAAAUAAAUAAACUCGUGGGUUACGUUAUUGGGGAGAAUUAAUUAAGAGUUAAAGACAAAUUCAUGCAUUAGAAAUAAGCGAGAAAGCCAGCGAGAACAAAUUUGACACCUACCUUGUGGAAUAAGUUGAACCUACGCUACGUACGGACGGUGGCAGUAAAACCAAUUAAGCAAGGUGCGUCAUUUUCCUUCUUCGGUUGCGUUUGCAUUUUCGCUACCUAGCUGCCCUGCCUGCCCUUAGGAAUGUCAAUGUGGCAGGUUCGGGCCGGAUAUCUCGAUACUCAUAUCCAGAUCGGGUAAUUUAUUAUGGGGUGCGGGUCGGGGCAGGUCGACCCAAUGGGUAUGUAAUUUAUGUGAAAAACAUUAGAAAUAUUCAUUAUUCUCAUUAAAAGACCAAGAAAGAAACCAUAAUAUGAUAAAAUCUAGUUAAAUUAUUGAAGAAAUUGAGGUUUUCACUUAAUUGCAACUUUAUUAUAGCUAAAAUAUAAUGUAAUAAGAGGAAAAUUCUAAGUAAUUUGACUGAGAUUAUAUGUAAUUUAGACAAGAAUGGGUCGAGAAUGGGGCGGGUCAAGGCAAGUCGGGUCGAUGAGAGGUACCCAUGUCCGCCCCGUUCCUGCCUACGAACAGUGUCUGACUCGCCCCAAAACAGACCAAACAGGUCAGAUAAAUCGAGUCAGGUCAAAAUUGUCAUCCCUACAUGCCAUGGAUUCUCGCUUAUCACCUCUAAGGGCAGAGAUUUCUGGGCUUUUUAAAAAGCCCGUACUCCCGCAAGUAGGCCCAGCCCAGUAUCGCUUAAAACUAUCUUUCACAUUCAAUAUCUUUCACAUCCAACGGUGUACAACAGUAAUUAGUAAUAGAACGAUCAACGACGGAGAGUAAUUAUCUUGUGUGAGGGGGUACAGGAGAAUCACCUGGGGAGACAUCCGAGAAACAAGACCGGUUCCGUCAGGGACAAACCAGUAAUUUUCCCCUCCUCCCGGAGCAACCGCGUGGAAGUUUUUCCACAUAACCCAAAGAUGCGCCAUUUUUUUCCAAUACCACUCGGCUUUGUUCCCUUCUUCUUCUUCUUCUUCCUCUUCACCUUCACUCCCUCCCGCCAUUUUCACAACAUCUAUAUAUAAACAAACACCAACCUCCUCCACCUGAGGAAAAAAAUAAAAAACCAAAAACUGCAAACAAGCAGUAGCAACAAUGGAGGAGCUGCCGCCUGGCUUCCGCUUCUACCCAACGGAGGAAGAAUUGGUCUCCUUCUACCUCCACAACCAGCUUCAAGGAACCAGACAUGACCUCCAUCAAGUCAUCCCUGUCGUCUACAUUUACGAGCUCGACCCCUGGCACCUUCCAAGCGCAGCAGGGGAGAUGUGCCGAGGGGAUACGGAGCAGUGGUUCUUCUUCGCGCCGAGGCAGGAGCGUGAGGCACGCGGAGGGAGGCCGAACCGGACCACCGGGUCGGGUUACUGGAAGGCGACCGGGUCUCCGAGCUACGUGUACACCGCCGGCGGUAGAGUGAUCGGUGUUAAGAAGACGAUGGUCUUCUACAAGGGGAGAGCUCCCGCCGGAAGGAAGACCAAGUGGAAGAUGAACGAGUACAGAGCCAUACAAGGAGCAAGGCACGGCAACUCCUCGUCGUCUAGUCGUUAUGAUCAGCCUCCCGUUCCUCAGUUGAGGAACGAAUACAGCCUGUGCCGGAUCUACGUGGUGUCGGGAACCUUUGGAGCGUUUGAUCGGCGGCCGCUGGAAGACGUGAUGAUGAUGAUGGGAGAAACACAACGGCGGCCACAACAGCAGAUUCUUCCACCGAGUGACGUGCCUUCUUCCUCUUCGUCACAUGCUCAAGCAAGCUCGUGUGGAGUUGCAGACAUGGAGAUGGACGUUGAUGAUCAUCUAGAGCAGCCAUUCUUUGACUGGCCGGAAGAAUUCAACUGGCAGUGAUCUUUUUAUUUUUAUUAUUAUCGUAAUUAAAGAUAUUUAUAUAUAUAGAGGUAUUCAUCAAUUAAUGGUUAGUGAUUUACGAUCAUCGGGUUAUAAGUGAAUCGAGCUAUAGGUUGAUUGGGUUUAGUUAAGUUGAUUGUAUGAGUAAAUUUGUCGAGUUAUUUGUCAAUACUAUCAAUAGGGUCACAUACGGAUCGGAUUAUUAGUUGAUCGAUCGAGCUGUUGUCAACGACUAUUGACCGACUCAAAUUCUGCAAGGGUUAAGUAUUAAUCAGGUGCGACCAAAUCUUGAUCAUUCCACACAGUGAAAAGUUUUUAAAGUGUGAAUAUCAAAUUUUGAUUUGGAUUAAUUACAUUUGGAUUUGAUCGAGUUGCAAAUCAGUUGGAUUGACGGACUAACAGGUCAAUCAGUAAUGGCAUAAUUGGGAUAAACUUUGUUUUGGUGUAACAAGACAAUCACGUUAAGGGUUCAUUGAGAAUUGGCGUUUUGGCAACACGGGUUGUGUGCAGGCUGGGGUUAGAUGGAUUAAUUAAUCAAUCUUCGAUCAUGAAAAUCGGGUGUGUUUAGUAUUACGGUUAGUAGAGUUUCGGGUCAAUAUAUAAGAUCUUUAAUUCACCAGAUCACGAGUUAGUAAGACUGCAACCUUCAUACCUUGUAAGCAAUAUUACCGGGUUAAAACUUUCCGACGAGGAUUAUUACUAUAGACAGCUAACGUAAUAAACCAUUUUCUUGUUUCUAACUUCAGGGUAACAGCUUACAACUAUGCUUCCUAUUCAACUUCAUGGUUCAAACAGGCGUAAUCCCGCGUAUAACUUUAGGGUAGACGUGAAGGAAGCCCAACGACUGAAUUUUUGACGCGAACAGCAGAAGCUGGACGCCGCCGGUUGAGUCAUGGCGGCGGCACCACCGGCGGUGGAUGCAAGGCAUGCAAGAAAAACAAAAUGCAUGGCAAUUUGAGUUUUUGUUUGAUGAAUUUGAGUUUUUUAUUCAUCGCGCAGGGGAGAUGGAUUGCUUUUAAUCUUCACGUAGGAGUAAUAAUGAAUAGUGAGGUGUAAAGAAUAACGUUGCCCAUUCAAAGAAAUUGCUUCAUUUUAGUUUCCGAUUAGUGAAAAAGUCAAGGCAAGACUAGAGAGCUUGGUUUGGUGCAAGGAUACUGAUUAUUGAUCUCAAAUGUGCUAUGAGUUGUUGAAGCAGAGACGAAGAAGGCUGUGUUGAUCCAAAUUAAUAAAGCAAACAGGAAAUU